AUGGAGAACGAAAAUUCAUCCAUCUUCCAACCAUACGAAAAGUAUGAAUGCUGGCGUGGAGAGAAGCAAACUAUACUCAAAACAUCUAUUGGACGACAGCUUCCAUAUAUUGUGAAUUUCAAGAAGAAUCAGUGUCAAAUUUUCAAUAUUGAAUGGGAAAGAGUAACACAUUCAUAUACUUUCCCUGAGGGAUGCAAUCUAAUUGAUGUUGAUUAUUUUCCAACUGAAGAUGGUCUACUUGGAAUUCUGUUGGGAGUCGAGGAUCCACGUCAAUCCUGGGGAGCUGAACAUUUUGUUGUUGCUCUGGUUGCAAAAGAAAAUGUUCCGAAACUGGAAAUAACUCAUUCAGCAGAAAUUCCAACCAAGAUUACUGUAGUCAAAACGCUAUUUUCAUCGGCUGAUAUGGCAGAUAAAUCGAACAGAGAAGUUUUGAAUCUGUAUCAUCGAUUGAUGACAUGGAAACAUGUAGUUGCCAUUGGAUGCAAAGACACUGAAUGCCAUCUUGCUCGUUUAACAGCAGUUGAGGAUACUUCAAGUCUUCUUAUUCCGAUUCAUAACGACAGAAAGAAUCUGAUUAAUUUGAUGGGUGCAUUCACAGACGGAACUACUCUUCAGUACACUCAAAAUGAUGGAAGCUAUCGUGACUAUCCGAUAGAAGGUGUCUAUAUAACAGCGUUGGCUCUGAUGCCAAGAAGUCGCACCCUUCUUGUCGGUCUUUCAAUGGGUGGUAUUCUUGCUGCUUCUUUAAAUCCAUCUAAUCAAAUGAAUUUUUUGGAAUUGAGACAUGAACGGAUUAUAAGAGAAAUUGCACCACUGGAACCAGAAGACGACCCUGACAAAUUUGAAUAUUUCAUUGCGGCCGUUGACGCAUCUCCACGUCAUCCAAUCAUGAUUCAAUUAUGGCGUGGAUCCUUCAAAACAUUGGAAGAAGUCGAAACUACAGAGAAAUACGAUCGACCAUAUUUUGCUGUUUGUUUGGAACAUAAAAUAUUAUUUGGAGAGAAAUGGAUAUCGGUGAAUCCGAUUGUGACUGAAAGAGAGCAUUGGAUGACAAUGAAGAAGCGAGGAACUGAUGAAUCAAUAGCUAAUGUAUCUCAUAGUUUUGGAUCAACUUCCAAUAGAAAUUCUGUUCUUUUAUCUUAUGAGAGACAAAAAAUGAAAACAACUGAAGAUGAUCCAAAUGGCCUUCCUGAAUACAUAGUCGAAGCAGCCGUAUUUGAUAUAGAUGCAUGGUAUUAUAAGAGAGUACCAGGAAGAGUAUCAACCGACGGAACUGUCUUGAAACAAUGCGCAUUUCUAUCGACGAUCAAGUCCAAUAUUCGAUCGGAGGACGUCAAUGAUAUCGGAAUUCUCACUUCGCAUGCCAACGACGUCUCCAGAUUUUCCAGCUCGAUAUCAGAUGCAGACCAGUUAUUCUAUCCAUCUGCAUUAAGUUAUGAACGGAUCUAUGUUGCCAAAUCAUCGAAAAUUGAAUGGAUGAAAAUUCAGAAUAUUCAGGAUACGAUUUUGAACAAAUGUGCUUCAAAGUUAUCAUAUUAUCUACAAUCACCCGAAUCUAUCUCAAAUGUUAUCAUUGCUGCUGGUCUAGUCAGAAAGAAUAUUUUAUCAGGAUCUCCAAACUCGAGUGCUGCGGAUAUAAAUCAUUCCCAGUUAUCAUCCGAACAGAAAGUGAUAUUAAACCUCAUCGUCUAUUACGGGAAAGUCAAAGAACUUUGUGAAAUUGUGAACUGUUCGGAGAUUAGCGAUACGCUGAAAAAUGAAAUUGCUGAAUGGUCGCUCCACGAAGCAAUUGAUUACAAAAGAACGAUUUCUGAUAAGAUGGUUUCUAUUUUCCAAGGAAGAUCAUAUGCUCUCUCACCUCUUGCUCAAGAUGCUGUGACUCAAGGAAUCAAACUGUUCAGAGUUGUCUAUGAAUACAUCAAAACAUGUUCAAAGGCUUUGAAAAGUUCACGACUACAUAACUUGGCAUGCUCAGUGAAAUGUGUCAGAAAUCAUACGAAACUCACUUAUCAAUUCAUAACUUUUAAUAUCAUACCUGUGGAUCAAGAGAGACAACAGAAAAUGAGAGAAAUGCAUUCAAAAAGAAAACUUGAAGCUAUCAGAAAUUCAUCAUCACUUCCGAUUCAAUCAAUCGUUCGAAAUAUGAACCGUAUUGCUCCGAAUGCGCAGUUCUGGAAUGAUAUUCCACAUCAUGAAUGGUAUCCACCAACACCUGUUGAUCUAUUGGAAUCUCUUCUUAAUGUCAAUAUUUCUGAAAGAAUUAAACGGGAACUUGUCAUUCAAUAUAUCAUAGAUUGGAUUCGUGCUUCACCCAAUGAAAUCAACUUGACCGAUAAACAAAUCGGUCUGGAAACCAUCAAAAUCAUGACGAAUCAAAUGUUGGAUGUGGAUUUGGAAAAGAUUUAUUACGUUUUGGAUCAAGAAAAGAAAGCUUUGAUUGAUGACAAGGAUGGAGAACGCAUCAGGGCUCUCGGAGAGAAAGUUUUCUCGUUGCAAAAUGAACAGAUUAGUUAUGAGAAGUUGUGGGGAGGAGGUGUUCCAGUUGAUAUAACAAUCAAUGCAUAUGAUAUGAAGAGAUUUGAAGAAAGAAUGAAACUGCAAUUGGAACAAGGAGAGUGCAGAUUGCCAGUUCUCGAUCCAGAGUCAGAAAUGCUCUAUCAAGUCUAUCUUUUUGAGAAUGAGAAGUUUCACGCGAUGUCUUCUGAAGCUAUAAGGUCAAAUAAACUUCUAUCAAUGUUCAUGCCAGGAAUGGUUCAGAACAAAGGAGGAACUCCACAAAAAAGUUCAAAAGAGCGAGAAAUUCAUAGCUCUGUGAAAACUAUGUUUGAUAUGCAGACGGUAAAAGAAGUGAAAGAAAAAAUAGGAGUAAAGAAACCCAGUGUAUUUGCGAAAGUUGCUGAUGAAAACAGACGAAGAAAGAGGUCGAAUCAAUUUGAUGAUUAUGAUGAUGACAGUUUUUCAAGUGUUUCUUCUGUUUCAUACGUUCCACCUACUGCGAAGAGAAUUCAGCAAUGGAAAAAGGCAGUUGAAUCCUCUCCUAUUCCAGAACUUCCUGUUGCGAAUAACUCAAGUAUCAACAGUCUGAUUUCUUCUGAUGAUCCAAAUCAACAUGAUGAGAUAAAUAUGUUGAUUGCAACACCUGCUCGUUAUUACAAACGCCCGAAUGAUGUCGAUUUGGAACAGGAUUUAUUGUCGCCUUCAGCUGAUAGAGUCCCACCACUUCCGGCUCAAAAUAGUAUUCUGAAAACAGCAAAAGCUGUACAAUCUGCUAAUCGAGGAAGGAUUCGAUUCCAUGAAAGUGUGCCGAGAGGAGCUGAUGAAAGUGUUGAAGACACAGAUAAAGCUCCAAAGGGGCUGAAAUUGAAUUUUGCAAUUCUGGAAGAUGAUGAAGAAGAAGAAACAAUGACCACAAGAAGAUCAAAAACUAUUGAAAUGCAAGAUGAAAUGGAUGUUGAAGAGAAUGAAAUCACCCAGGAAGAGAUGGAAAAUGACGAAAUUGAAGAUGUCGAAGAAGAAGAAGAGAAUGAAGAAGAGUGUAUUGAGAGUGAGAAGACGUUUGAGAAUCAAGAUGACUUUGAAGUUCUUGAAGAUUCAUCAGCUCCGGGAAAAAAUAUUGAAGAAGACACAUUUGAACCAGAAGAAAACGAUGUUACCGCUGCAAUCAAUGAAACUUUUGAAUCGAACAAGACAGAAGAACAUCAAGAGGAAGAAGACGUAGAAGAACGCAUUGAAAUAGAAGAACGAAUGGAAGAACGAAAGGACAGAGAAAUCGAGGAAGAAGUAGAGGGAGAAGAAGGAAAAGAAGCAGUACAUGAAGAAGAAACUUUAGAUGUGGUACAAGAGACAGAAAAAGAGGAUGAAGAAGAAGACAAAAAACAAGAAGAAGAAAAGGAUGUAGAAGAAGAAGAAAAAGAUAUUGAAAAAGAAGAAGACAUUGCUGAUGAUAUCAUCCAGAGAAGUGCGGAAGUUCAAUCUGAAGAUGAAAGCGAGCCAAUUGAAGUGGCUGGAGAGAUGGAACCUUCUGAAAAUAUUGUAAGCGUGAAACAAUCCCAAGCAAUUGUAGAACUUGCUGAAGAAAAUCAACAGGAGACUGUAUCUGGGGAACAAGAAAAAACUGAAGAAGUUCAAGAAGAUGUACAGGAAAUGCCUACUAAAACAGAGGAUCAAUCAGAAAUGAAAGAAAUUGAAAUUUCGAAAAUAUCGGAAGUGCCAGUAGAGACUGAGGAAGUUGUGGAGAUAGGAGAAACUGAAAAAGGUGGAAAAGAUGUCGCUGGUACUUCAUACGAAGUUCGAGAAGUAAUCAAUUCAGUACCAACAGAAACAUCGAUUGAAGAAGAAAGACCCCCAUCUGAAAACACUCGUUCGAGAUCCAUUCAGAAAACUCCGGCUCCAGUUACGAAAACUUUGGAAGCCGAACAAGAUUCUAGUACGCCAUCCAGAAGAACUCGUUCAGCUUCUCGCCAACGUGACGUUGUGGUAGAAGAACCCGAACCUUCGAGAACUCCGCGGUCUUCUACUCGACAAAUGGCAUUGAAAAACCGUACCCCUAGUGAAUUACUAGACGCACUAUUUCCUAGGGACGAGUUGGAAAGGAAACGCGCAGAAAAAACUCCAUCUAAGAAAACACGAACAAGUCGCUCUGAAAGUGCUAACCGAAGAUCCGCAUCUCGUACGCGAUCUGUAGAAGUUCGGGACACUCUUGUGGAACAGAACACUCCGAAGCGAGGAAGGCCCCGUAAAACUUCUGAAACAGUUUCAUCGACCGAGAAGCGAAAACGAGGAAGUUCAGUACCAACUGAAACUGAAACACCGACAAAAAGAGCGCGUGGGCGACCAAGGCUUACACCAUUAAAGGCCAUUCCGGAAGAUGAGCCAUCUACUUCUAAUUCGAGAAAUGAAGGAACAUCAGAGACGAGUGCAGCAGUGCCAGGUAGAGUCGGCAAACCGAAACCUUUGGAAGAUGUUUGCGAAGAAGAUGAAGAUGUGCCAGUUCAAGAGUCUUCUCUCCGCCGAUCUUCUCGUCUUUCACAUAAUUAG